AUGCCAAAGAGAAAGAAAACCAAGGACUUUUUGGAGGAUGUCGGUAGCUUUGAGUUCGAUGAGUUAACUGUUAGUCGUACGGGGAGACUUGUAGAGGAAAACAAACGUGUAGAGCUUGAUUUUUCAGGCUUUCGUGGAUGUAGAAGCGAGGAUGUUUCACCUGGAAGAUCGAGCAACGCACAUGGGACACUCGAUCUUGAACAAGAUCAUUUGUGCGAAGAUAUUUUCGAAGACAGAUCGGACGAAGAGGGGGAAACUAGCUUGUCGUCCCAUAACAAGAGAAAGUUGAGGCUUCUUUCGUCAUGGAGAGAGGGAAGAGAGUCCAUGAUUAACAUACAGGAAGUCAAUAAAUAUUCCACGUACUGCAUUUUGCUGCCAUUGUUUGUCUGGCAACCCAGAAUUUCGAUGUAA